GUGCAUAUUCAUCUUCGAAAUACAGUAAAUGCUCGGGAUGAAGUGGGAAUGGCAAAUGUAGAGCAAGAUGGUUGGAGUCCAAAUCCUAGUAGAGCUGAUGGAUAUGGUGAUGGGAUCAACUGGUCUGGUUGGGUUAGGACAAACGAAAUUCAUUCAUGGCAAAGUAAUCCAGCUGGUGUCACAUGUGGUGUAAUUGGUUACGAUGUUCUUAACAAUAUUCCGCAUUACAAACCCU